GGGAGGGUUAUUCUCUCUUCUUCGCGGGCCUCAGUGAUGGCGCAAGCGGAGCAGCCGGAUACUAGCUCUUCUGACUCCAGAAGAGUGACUUCUGUUAGAAGAAAAACUAUAGACCGUGGUGGUGUAAACUUCAAUAGCACUGCACAUCUUUCAAGAGGCACGGUGUCUCUCAGGAGAGGCAACCUGUUUGGUCAGAUGCCAGCUAAGAGGAUGGUUUCACAAAUUCCUCACUUGCCGGCAAAAGAUGAUCCUCAGAUAGGCUUCCUUCUUAGUAAGCAGUGGACUUUAUACAGCGUCACCCCUCUAUACAAAUUCUCUUACGGACAGCUGCAGGCAUAUUCCAGACAGCUGAGUCUUUUUAUUGCUGCUGAAAAGCAAAAGAACCUUGUUAUGGAAGCUGAACCUGAUCUUCCAUAUAAAGUAAAAUUCUCUUCACUCUCAGCUUUGAAAAUGACAGAACGUGAACAGGCAUCAGUCCUUAUUCAGAUCACACAAAGAUCACAGGUGACAGCUGAAAAUGAAGAUGAUAGAGUGGUAUGGAUGGGCUGGUUCUGUUGUGCUUGUGGAGAUGACAUUUUAGAGACUGUAAUGGAGGAUUUCACUUGUUUGCCUUUGUUUCUUGUAAAUGGUGCAAAGGCUUUACUGGACAUUGUUAAAACUUGGCUUCAGCAAAUGUUUGAUUGUUGUUUCAGUCCCCUACAAAUCAGUCCUAUCAGUCUUGCCUGGAUGGCUGCAAUGUGGUCUGGGUGUAAUAUGGACAAGUUUACAGUUGCAACAGAAUUGACUUUCUCUGCACCAUGUCCCACUUACCCUUUGGAUAUUUCCUAUGCAAUCCAUCCUGAAGAUGCAAAAGCCCUUUGGGAUUCAAUCCAGAGUACAGAAGGGGAAAUCCGACAAGAAGAGGUGGAAUUAUUCAUGGAAUGUCUAUACAAUCACUUUCAUAGACACUUCAAGAUACACCUAUCAGCCACAAGACUGGUGAAAGUUUCUACAUCUGUAGCCUGUGCCCAUUCUACUGGGAAAAUAAAGAUUUUCCAUGCCCAAUAUCUGACAAGAGUGCUGUUUCUACUGACAGAACUGGCAGUUUCAAAGAUACUGUGAUGAUCUUCACAUGUAUUAGCUGCAGAAAAUAUAUCCAGCAAAGACAAACUCUUUGGGGAUUGUAAUCAUUUUCUCUGGUUGUUAACUAGUAUUCUAUUCAGAUAAAGAGCCUGGUAUUUCUAAUUUGCUUUUCAAGUUUUUGAUCUUGACCAAAAAGCCUUCCACGUGCUUAAAAAUACAGUAUCACAAAGCACUAAGAAAUUAAAUCCCCCACUAUGGCAACUACAAUGUGAUCUCCACAACUGAAACAACUUUGCUCUGUCAAAGGUAGGAUUUAAAAAAGAUCAAGGCUCAAGCAGCAAAAUAGCAAAUAUGUAAAAUAAUGUUGAACAGACAUAAAGUAUAUAGUUAUGAAGAUAGAACCUGUAACGUAAUAUUACAGGGGGAUGUUCCUGUUCCAGUAGCUGUACAUUCCUGGAGGAUCCCCUGUGUCAUUCCCCCUUCCACAGAGUUCAGUUUUUCCUUAACAAAGCUUUCUGUGUCCAGUAGGGACUUUAGGCAGCAGUUCCUGUAUUGUAAAGUUAUUUAUUUUGUAUAUAUGUAAACAAAGGCAUUUCUGUAAGCUUGCUGUUAACCCCUUUUUUCUCUAAGUUGUGCUGUCUUGGUUACAUAACUAGUAGCAUGCAUGCAUAAACAUCUGCAACAGCAGGUCUGAUGAGUUAGGUUCCCAAGCAAUUUAUCUGAAAAGACCUACCCAAGCUGUCUUGGUAACCCUCUUAUUUGUAAGCUCAUUUUUCACACUGUUCUACUGCAUUGCUUUCCUGUAUUUAUUGAAAGGAUGGAACAGGAGAAAAGAUCAAAUGAAACCAGUUCUAUUAUUUUGUACUGAUUAUUUUUAGCAGCUUUGUAAUGAUUUCUUUUUAGAAUCAUACUGAAUUUUUAAUUUCUUUAAGGCCUUAAUAUUAUGAUGUUUUAAUCUAAUUAUUGCUGUCAACUAGAUGACACCAACUGAAUCAUCAGGAACAUGGGGAUGGAGAUCAAAUAUCACACUUGUGAAAUAUAGUGCUCCACCAGCCUGAUUUUGCAUGGCUCAUUCUUCCACUCUCUACAAAAAGUAGCUUUCAAAUGUCCAAUAAUGCCCCCAUUGCCAUUUGGUGCCAAGGGAUGUUAGACAAGCUCAGGCAGUUUCCACUUGCAGCUGGGAGAAGAGAGUGCAGACAUCCUCCCACAACUCCAGUGAGUAUAGCAUACUUAUUAGGAGGUCCAGAAGGAUGAUAUCUGUUGUCUUCUCCCAACUGCAGAAUUACAGCUGGACACUGCUUGGCUACAGGGGCAUGUACAGAAGCUGUUUUCUGCAACAUCAUCCUCAAAAUGAUACAUGGACAAACCAAGGCUAGAAUCCUGUUUGCAACAAAAUGAUGCUAUAAGACAAUAUUUAGAUAAAUCCCAUUGACAGUGAAUCUAUUUAGUUGGAACUAACAAUUGUACUGAUGCCUAAAUGUUUUAGCAAGUAUGAUUUCUGAAUAUUUUUACACAAAUUAAAUUUAUUUUAAUUAAUUUCUGCCUUAACUU